CAACCCGCCAUUUGCCCUCCCCUCACCUUCUCCCACCUUUCCACCGCGUGUGCCCGAGCGUGUCUGUGUCUGUGUGUGUGUGUGUCUGUGUGCUUGCGUGCUUUCCUCAACUUGCCACGAUGUCUGCUGGCGAUUCCAUUUCCUUCACGGCCCAGGCGCCGGGCAAGGUCCUUCUUACUGGUGGCUACCUGGUCACCGAGCGUGAGUACGACGGCUUUGUGAUUGUCUCGGAUGCCAGCUUCCACACUACCUGCGCCAUCAACACUGCCGGCCCGGCUUGGACGAUCCUGGCGAAGUCCCCGCAAUUCAACUGGCAGUGUGUCUACCAGAUCUCCGAGCGUCCGAAUGGGACCCUCUGCUUGGUUCGCCCCUCGUCGGAUCAGAGCCCCAAUCGUUAUGUGGAGAUCUCCAUUGUCAACGCGCUGGCCUUCGCCCUGGGUGGUGACAUGGACAAGACCCGCGAUCGCCUGGCCAUGGGCCAGCUGGUGCUGACAAUUCGCGGUGACAACGACUUUUACUCUCAGCGCUAUCGCCUUGCGCAGCAGGGACAGCCGACCACCCUGGAGGCAUUGAAGACCGUGGAGCCCUUCGCGCCGCUGCUCAAUCUGCAGACUGAGGGCCUGCGAAAGACCGGCCUCGGCUCGAGUGCUGCUCUGACCACCAGUGUCACGGCGGCCAUCCUCUCCUGUCUCGGGGCAGUGGCUGUGCCUGGGUCCCCUGGUGAGGCGUACUCUGACGAGUCUCGCCGCGUCACGCACAAUGUUUCGCAGUUCAGCCACUGCCUGGCGCAGGGGCGCGUGGGCAGCGGCUUCGAUGUGUCCUCGGCUGUCCAUGGGUCGCAUCAGUACCGGCGGUUCUCGCCGGCGGCUUUGACCACUCUGCUGGCCGAGUCGGCCGAGGACGAUGAGGGCUUCGUCUCGCCUCCGGUCGCCACUGUCUUCCGGCUUUUGGAUGACCACGCCGCCUGGGAUUCGGAGGCCUCGCCGGUUACCCUGCCUCCUGGCAUUUCCAUGGUCUUGGCCGACAUCGACGCCGGUACCAACACCCCCUCCAUGAUUGGACAGGUGAACAGCUGGCGCAAGGCCGUCCCGACUGAAUCUCUCCAGCUGUGGACGGAUCUGGCCGCAGCCAAUGCCAAAGUGGUGGCCGUGCUUGACUCUCUGAAUGAGCGCCAUGCCACCGACCCGGUCGAGUACACUGCGGCUCUGGAUGUUUGCUCGACGCUCCGGUCGCAUGAGUGGGCCCAAGCUCUGCCCAACAGUCCGACCGCCGCGGCACUGGUGGCCCUGGCUGAGGCCGGCUCCGCCGUGCGGGCCUUCCUCCGGCGCAUGGGUGACGAAUCCGGGGCGCCGAUUGAGCCGCGUGCGCAGACCCUCCUGAUUGAUCACACUCUGGCCCAGGCGCCGGGGGCCAUCUUUGGCUGCGUCCCCGGGGCCGGUGGCUUUGAUGCCGUGGCCUGCCUUUGCAUUGGCCAAGUGGGGCGUCAGAAUAUUGUCAACUUGUGGGAGAGUCUGGCCGCUGCUGGAGAUACCGUGACUUCGAUCCUUUGCCCCUCGCCGGAGGCCGAGACCGCUGAGGUCCUCGCCCAGGUGCGCGACAUCGUUGGGGGUCUGUGUCCGCUGGUGUCAGAUGCUGGCCAGGUCGGCCUGAGCCUGUCGACCGUGGCUUAGGUAUGUGCGUGUGCGUGUGCACUCGCGCGUCUGCUGAGAGCACGCGCCCAUAUGCACAUGUAGGCGCGCAUAGUUUCCAUGCAAAUACCCUGGACCUAUGCGCUUUUGAAGGCUGCAUCCCACCCGAAUGCAAAACGAUCUUUGUGGUGUGAAAUAAGCAAACAUCGCAGUCACUGAA